AUGGGGCAGCAGUUCAGCUGGGAGGAGGCGGGGGAUGCCGGCGAGAUGGACGUGGCCGAGCUCCAGGAGUGGUACAAGAAGUUCCUGGUGGAGUGCCCCAGCGGCACUCUAUUCAUGCACGAAUUUAAGCGCUUCUUCAAGGUCACGGGUAACGAGGAGGCCACCCAGUAUGUAGAAGGCAUGUUCCGGGCCUUCGACAAGAAUGGGGACAACACCAUCGACUUCCUGGAGUAUAUGGCAGCCCUGAACCUCGUCCUGAGGGGCACCCUGGAGCACAAGCUGAAGUGGACCUUUAAGAUCUAUGACAAGGACCGGAACGGCUGCAUCGACCGCCUGGAGCUGCUUGACAUCGUGGAGGCGAUUUUCAAGCUGAAGAAGGCCUGCCGGAUAGAGAUGGAGGCUGAGCAGCAAGAGCAGCUGCUCACGCCUGAGGAGGUCGUGGACAGAAUCUUCCUCCUGGUGGAUGAGAAUGGAGAUGGCCAGCUGUCCCUGAACGAGUUCAUCGAAGGCGCCCGUCGCGACCAGUGGGUGAUGAAGAUGCUGCACAUGGACAUGCAUCCUGGCGGCUGGAUCUCGCAGCAGAGGCGGAAAAGUGCCAUGUUCUGAGGGGUCUGGGGCCCCAGAGGACUCCACAGUCCCCUCCAAGACUCCAGACUCACCCAGAUUUUCAGAGGAGCCAGAGGGUCCCUGGCUUGCCUGCUCGUGCCCACUCUUACCUGGUGUGGACUUUGC